GAUUUAGUCCCCCAAAGUUAGCUAGCCAAGAGGAGAGAAUAGCGAGAACGUACCACCCAAGCGGGCGAGGAGAGGCCGGAAGCCCAACGCAACGCAACGUCCCCUUCGCCGAGGACAGCAAAGGCAAAGCCGUUUGCCAGAGAGGGAAGAAAGAAGGAGGAGGGAAAGCUGGAAGAGGAAGGAGAGAGAUAUAAAGAAGCGCGCCCCAGUCCGGAGGCCGUGACCGAUCCUUCUCCUCCUCCUCCUGUUCCUCUUCUUGUGGGCCGGUGGCCGGUGCGGCGAUAGGAGGGAUAGGAGGAGGGGCGGGCCGAAACGCGGCACCAGCCACUCCCCCCGCCUGCGCAGAUUGGUCGCUGCACCCGCGCGCUCUCGGAGCGCGCUCGCGGGUUGCUCGGCUGUGCCGGUGGCCGGAGGUGGAGGAGGAUGGCGAGAUUCAUCCUCGGCCUGGUGGAGCUCGGGGUCAGCGCGGCCGUGCACCUGCUCUUCGGCUUCUACGUCUUCAGCAGCGCCGUCGCAGCGGACAUCUCGCAGGCCGCCUCCGCGUCCGGGUGCCUCCUCCUGCGGCGCCCGCCCGCCGCGGGGGCGCUCGUCGACGUCGCGGCCAAGGGGGAGGAGGAGGAGCGGAGGGCCGCCGCGCCCGUCGUGCUUGACGGCUCGCCGCCGCCCAUCGUCCUCGUGCACGGCAUAUUCGGCUUCGGCAAGGGGAGGCUCGGGGGGCUGUCCUACUUCGCCGGCGCCGAGAAGAAGGACGACCGCGUGCUCGUGCCGGAUUUGGGUUCGCUCACCAGCAUCCAUGACAGGGCGCGCGAGCUAUUCUACUACCUCAAGGGAGGACUGGUGGACUACGGCCCGGAGCACAGCCAGGUUUAUGGGCACACCCGGUUUGGGAGGAUCUACGAUACAGGGCAUUAUCCGGUGUGGGAUGAGCAAAACCCGCUGCAUUUUGUGGGGCAUUCGGCUGGCGUUCAGGUUGUGAGAGUGCUGCAUCAGAUGCUUGCCGACAAGGCUUUCCCUGGGCAUGAUACUUCUGAAGACUGGGUUUUGAGCCUUACUUCCUUGUCAGGCGCACUUAAUGGAACCACGAGGACUUAUUACGAUGGCAUGCUAGCUGAAGACGGGAGAUCCAUGAAAUCAAUUUGUCUUCUUCAGCUCUGCCGGCUUGGAGUUAUUGUCUAUGAUUGGCUCGACAUUCCUUGGCUGAAGAAUUACUACAAUUUUGGUUUUGAUCACUUUGAAAUGUCAUGGAGGAAAGUUGGUUUUUCAGGUCUAGUUGAUCUGCUGUUGGGGCACACUGGGCCGUUUGCCUCGGGAGACUGGAUUCUGCCUGAUCUCACAAUCCAAGGAUCUCUAAAAAUUAACUCUACAUUGAGGACCUUUCCCAAUACAUUCUACUUCAGUUAUGCUACAAAGAGAACACGAAAGCUAUUCGGAAUUACAGUGCCCUCAAGUGUCCUCGGAGUUCAUCCCAUGCUCUUUCUCAGAGUUCUCCAGAUGUGUAUGUGGCGGCACCCUCAAAAUGCUCCUCUACCUUACAAAGGAUACAGGGAUGAAGAUUGGGAAGAUAAUGAUGGGGCUUUGAACACAAUCUCCAUGACACACCCUCGUUUUCCUACAGAGCAUCCAAACCGCUUUGUACUAGAUGAGUCUGACUGUCAUCCUUUGCAACCUGGGAUAUGGUACUAUAAGAUCAUUGAAGGCGAUCACAUUCUUUUCAUUAUAAAUCGGGAAAGAGCUGGAGUGCAGUUUGAUUUGCUGUAUGAUGGCAUUUUCCAGCGCUGCAGAAAGCAUGCAUUCCGGAAGAACCCCCCAACUGUACCAAACGAAACAAGCCAAUAGAAGAUUACACCCGAAGCUCCCUACAGCCCCUUUUUUCUCUUCUCUUUGUCUCCGGCCUCCAUAACUUUUUGUGAACUGUAAAUUGCAUUGUCCAUUUGAUCAGCAGUGCAAACUUGACUUUUGCUGGUUCUUGGAAGGAGGGGUUUUGCAGCUUGCUCUUCGCCACCCUUGCAGCAUAAUGCAACGAAGGAAGUUUGGAAUUGAUCAGGAGGACCAGGAGGUUACAGCUCGAAACCCGCAUUUGUCUAUGACCUUAAUGGGGCUUAUUGAGAUUUAACUCACUUGUAUCCCGAGGUGGUUUGUACAUAUCCAAGAUUGUAUCAAUGGAAUGUUUUAGCAAUGGUAUUGGAAAGAACUGAUCUAUGAUUGUUGUGUUUCUGAGUUU